AAUGCAUCAUCCCACUGGUUGUGCAUUGUAAACACAAGAAAGAACCAGUGUGGGGGAAGGAAAUAUAUGGAGGGAGAGAGAGAGAAGGAGAAAGAGAGAGAGAGACAGAGGAUGGAGAGACACGCUGUCUGAGCCCUGAAGUUUGGGGAGGGGCUUGCUGGGCACAGGUUCUGAGUUAUUUAUUUAUUUUUUUCCUUUUCUGACUGAGGAGAGGAGCUGUACUUUGGAGACUUGUCUGGGAGGGACCAUUCUUCACAGUUUCUUUCGUCCUGCAAGGCAGUCAUUCCUGUCAAGUCAAAACUCUUUCAGCUACAAAGGGCAGCAGAAGUCCUUUUGCAGCAAGACUUAUUCCAGAAAAUAUAUGCAAGGAUAGUGGUACUGCCUCAUCUUCCCUCUGUUGAACCCAUAGAAGUAAAUAAGCAGCAUCACUGAAGUCUUCUUUUUGGCCAGUUGUUGAAUUUAAAGUUCAUCCCUACUGACUGCCCCUGCUUUCUGAAAAAUUCUUGACGAUUCCUGAAAACUAAUCAUGGAUGAUUUUGAACGUCGCAGGGAGUUAAGAAGACAGAAACGUGAAGAGAUGCGCAUGGAAGUAGAACGACUGGCCAGUCAAAGAAAUGAAGAUGAUGAAGAAGAAGCUGCCAGAGAACGUCGUCGAAGGGCACGGCAGGAGAGACUACGUCAGAAGGAAGAGGAUGAUACACCAAGUCAUAUUACUGACAAAAUGGAGGUUCAUGUGCAAAAUAGUAUGACUGAAGAAACCAAAACUGUGACAAGCAGCGAUACAGGUAGCUUGGAUGAUGAAGCAUUUUUGGAACGACUGGCAAAGAGAGAGGAACGACGCCAAAAGCGACAGCAGGAAGCCCUAGAGCGCCAGAAGGAGUUGGACGUGACAGUUUCAAAUGAAAGGCCAUCAUCCAUGAAAAAGAGAGAGGAACCUGAUGACGAUGAGUCUAUGGUGAGGGAUGACGCAAGGCAAGGAAGGUAUGGCACUGAGAAGGUGGAAACCAAAGUACAUGAGAGGAAUGACGGAUGGCAAAGGGAUGAGGAAGAGGAGGAAGAAUUCCAGUCAAGCUACUAUAAAAAGCAGGAUGAAGAAGCUGAAGAUGUGAAAAAGGAAGUGCCAGAAGAAACACAGUCUUCCUUGGAGAAUGAAGAGCUUGAAGAGGAGAAAGCGCUAAGGGAAAAAGAAGAGGAAGAGAUAAGGGAGAGAGAAGAGCAAGCUGCAAGAGAAAGAGAAGAGAGGGAGGCAAGAGCGAGAGAAGAACGAGAGAGAGAGAGAGAAGAGAAAGCAGCAUGGGAAAGAGAUGCAAAACUUGCAAAGGAAAGAGAAGAGAAAGCAGCAAAGAAGGACGAUAUCAAACUAAGUCGAGGUUACAAACAAGAACUGGAGGAAGCAAAACUGAAUGGAGAAGACAUCUAUGAAGGUGCUACUGACCGACACAAACAACCAGAGAGAACUCCAAGCCGUCCAAGUAUGAAAUUAACCACAGAGGUCGAAGAAGCAGAUGAUACAGCUCGGUUGGAAGCAGAAAGGAAGCUGGAAAUACUUAGGCGUCGGCGAGAUGAGACAGAAUCUGAGGAGUUUGAAAGGUUAAAACAAAAACAGCAAGAGGCAGCUGCAGAGCUAGAAGAGUUAAAGAGAAAACGAGAGGAGCGUAGAAAGAUACUAGAAGAGGAAGAACAAAGACGGAAACAGGAGGAAGCUGAGAAGAAGACAAAGGAGGAGGAGGAGAAAAGGAGGAUGAAGGAAGAGAUAGAACGAAGACGAGCUGAAGCAGCGGAGAAGCGUCAGAAGGUUACUGAAGAUGGAGUUUCACCGGACACAAAAAAAUCAUUUACGUGUGUCAGCCCAAGGGCUUCUUCACUAAAGAUUGGAGAGCGAGCAGAAUUCUUGAACAGAUCGGCACAGAGGAGCAGCUCAGUGAAAACCUCUCAUCCGCCUGCUGUUGUCAUCUCCAAGAUCGACAGCAAACUUGAGCAGUAUACAAGUGCAAUUGAGGGUACACGAGCUACAAAGCCAGGAAAACCUGUUGCUUCUGACCUGCCAGUUCCAAUAGAGGGUGUUCGCAAUAUUACCAGCAUGUGGGAAAAAGGUCGAGCUUUUACGUGUUCUUCGAACCCUUCCCCUCCCCAUAAGGAAACAGCUACUGUGAAAAUUGGAGUAUCAAGUCGGAUCAAUGAAUGGAUGAACAAGACACCUGAAAGCACCAAGUCACCUUCAUCUAAACCAUUAGACUUGAGGCCUGGGGAUGUGUCUGGUAAACGAAACAUUUGGGAAAACAAAGCCACUGCAGCUGAGAAGUUUUCUCCAUCUGCUAAGGUGACAACAGGAGGGAAAACUAAAUCAGUUUCGAAUGCAGGAAUGGAACACUACGAAAAUGAACCUUAAGAAAAGUCUUCAAGAUACAGGACCAAAUAUAUUUUUUUCUAUUUGUUUUGAAAAAGUGCUAAAUCGGCCCUUUUAUAUAUAUUUAUAUUUUAUUACUUCCGUGGUUUUGCAUUAUCCCAUUAAAACCAUGUAUAUUAGCACUGUAUUUAAUAUAGCCACAGGUCUAGAUGGUCAUGUUUAAAAAAUAUUAAUCUAUAAAUACAGCCUUUGCACAAGACCCUCUUUUGAAAUGAAAAAAUGCUGUGAAACGUAUGACUUAAUACUGAUAGUUUUAACUUUGUUUACUUUUAUUUUAAUUUGAAUUUGUGCUUUAAACUGCAGGAGACACAAAGAAUCGUAGGUCAGUAGAUAGUAUACAUUCCAGGUGUCCUCUUUUUGUUAUAUAAGUGCAUUAUUCUCUGGCACCUUAAUCUACAUAUUAAAAGGAAAAUGACAGGUAAUAUAUGAUUUCACAGUAUUGUCCCAGAUUUCGUUGUAGCAGUAAUUUUGAAUCCAUUUAUUUUUUUCUGGCUGUGAGGACCAAUUUAUUUUGUUUGUUUUAUGUUGUAUCUGUUUAGCUUUUUUAGUUAAAUGCUUUAAUCAUUUAAUACAUAUUAGCUCAUAGGGGUACUGACUGCUUCAGAUGGACUUUUCACAGCAAGCUGCAAAUGCUGAGGAGGACAGAAUGCCUCCACAGACACAAACACUGUAUAGUCUUAGCUUCAGUAGGUUUUGAAACACUUAACUCGGAGAGACUGCUGUUAUUGGCAGAAUUCUUUGAUAUUACGGUAUGAUAGAAAUUAUAUUUAGCCAUAAACUUCAUAUAUUAAGUAUAUCACAUUUUUAUUUAAAUGGUCACACUUUAUUGUUUUGUAAUUGUGAUGCAUAACUGCCAUGAGAAGCAUAGAGAAUUCCAGCUCUGCUGUCAGUAAAGCAAGGCUUACCACAGCAGUAAAAUUCAGUUGGUAUAUUUAUGUAAAGUAUUUCAGUUGAAUUUAAUUUAAAUAAAUUUUUAUGUGCACAAUUCCCUGAACAUUCUUACAAGUGCAUUGGUAGAAGCAUGCAGUUUGUCUGGUGCUGCAGAAAAGAAACUUACUGUAGAAAUGUUUUACCAUGAUAAGACCAUACACAAGAUCUUUUCUCCCCAUAUAGUCAAAAGGUAUAGGAUACAGCCUGCUCUAAUACGGCAGAACUUCUCCACCCUUCUUUACUAGUAUGCCACACUGUAUGAACAGAUUUUUGUUGGGUUGUUAUAAGGCAGGUAGGUCAUUGUUGCCAGAGUAUAUUUUUAAUACUAUGCGAAAAUAUUGAUAUCUUCCUAAAUACAACACAAGUGUGGUAAAUGACAAUACUGUUGCAUGUUAAUAUGCUGUUAUAAAAUUAUUACUGGCAAUUUCCAACUUGCAAUUUUUAUAUUUGCAAAUAAAUUUUCCAGUAUGAGAUAUCCACAUAACAAACACUAGAGUAACAGAUGCAAACAUUCCUUUCAUGGUUCAUACAUGAGGGAAGAAAGACUGGUGUAAAGUCUGAACAUCAUGAUUUGUAAUUUUAAUAAACGUUCACAAAACAUACUCUGAGAACUGAUGCAGUCACUUGUAUUCACUGCAUGUGUUACACAGUGCACAAGUAAAACUUAUAAGAAUCAAACUCUGGUCCUUUGGAAUGCUAAAAAGGCUCAUAGCACAUUAUUCUCAUAUCUAGGCUAUCCCAUGUGCUUAUGUACACUAAGUUGUUGUUGUUAGAUUUCUAAUUUUGCAGUUUGACUAGGAACAGUGUCUCUAUGCAUGCUGUUAUUUCUCAGUGGUCAUACCAUUUCCUGUUUUUUUACACUUUUUUUUAUUUCUGUACACUGCAGUCCACAGAAGAUUCAUUAGUUAUUCAUUAUGGCACAUCAGUUUUUAUUGUUUAAUGUUAUUAAUAUCCUUACAUAUUCAUGAAUCUUGCCUUCAGAAUAUUCAAAACUUGAUGUAUUUAUACAGUGAGCUUACAUUCCAUGUUAGUGUUAGCAAAGUUAGUUCAGGUAGUAGUUUGAUUUGUUAAUGAUGUUUUUUGAGUCAAUUUGAAAUGUAAUCUGGGCAAAACAUGAACUAAUUACAGACAGAAAUGGAAAUGCUUAGACUGCUUGAAGCAAAGAGGAUUUCAGAGUGUUAUGAGACUGUUUCCACACAUUGUAUUACACCAAAGUUAAAGAAUUAUCUUUCUUUAAGUAAAUGUCAUUUCAAGCCAGAGUUUUACUUCAGAGAAACCAAUGUAGAAAAAUUCCAAAGAUUCACUCUGCUGCUUAAUGAAAGCAUUUCAAUGUUUUACUUCAAUUAUUUGGGUUUACAUGUUGAAUUCAAAUGCACUCAUUUAUUGUGUAGGGCUUAAACUAUGCAAUGAUUGUCUUACGAUGUAUGCAAAGUCUUCAGAAAUUUGCCAUAUUUGUAAACACUUUUGAGCAUUUCGAUAAGUAGAUGAUAGUUGCAAAUAAUUUGUUAAACAAUGUAUUAUGAAAACUGCAACACAAUAAAUGGAAUACUUCCUAAGACAGA